AUGACGAUGGUGAUGAUGACGGUGAUAAUGAUGAGAGGAUAUUUAUGAUGAUCUCUGUGUCCUCAGACUGCGAGUGUGAUGUGGACCGCAGUGCUUCUCCUCACUGCUCUGACUCUGGUUUCUGUCAGUGUAAAGAUGGAGCCACUGGGAAGCGCUGUGACACCUGUUUACCUGGAUACACCUGGAGAGGAAGUGGUGCCAGCUGCACAGUUAACGUGUGUGAUGAGGAGGGUUUGAUUUGUCAAAAUGGCGGAACCUGCGUCAACCUCGAGCGCUGCGUCUGUCUGGACGGCUUCACAGGUGCAUUCUGUGAGAAGAAGGUCUGUCUGAAGAAGAGUGGUUGUCUCAACAAGGCUGAGGCCUCCUCCUCUCUGAGCUCACACCUUUACCUGCUGACACUUUCUGUCUCCAGUGGACUCCUCCACUGUUAAUCUCGCUCACAAACCCCACGCCAUUCAAAGUGACGGCAUGAAACCCUAACCCUAACCCUAGAGCGAUGAACAUUAUAGACAAUGAAGAAGUGAAACACCUCUGUCUACUUGGAUUGACCUGUGUUUCUUCAUCUCCUGUAAAGCACAUUUAAAGAAACUAUUACUAAUACAACCACCACUUCCACUACCACUGCUACCUCUACCACUGUGUCUACUACCACUUCCACAACUAGUACUCCUACCGCAACUACCACUAGACACUACAACUACAACAAUCUCUAGAACUACGACCACUAGCACAACUACUAUCAUAAAUACUAUACUGUAACCUUAGGGUUAUAACCUUAUACUAUUGACCAGUUGCGGCUGGUGGAUUUUUUUUGGGGUAGAGCCAGCUAAUCAGUAUGAUUCAUCGCAAAAAAAAGGUAUCAUGAUAUCAUUAAUUCACACAAUGAAUCAUUUUCGAUAAAAUGUCCUUGUUUUUAUCCACGUCCUUGUUGUGUGUCCUCAUCAGUCCUGUGUGCGUCUCAGCUGGGUAGCGAUGUUAACUUUUAACAUGGCGACGCAACAGUUAUUACCAGUUACAAAGUAACGCGUUACUGUAAUUCCACUACUUUUAGCGGUAACGAGCAUGUAACAAAUUAUUUUUUUAAAUCAAGUAACAGUUACAAUUACUAAAAUUUAAAUGAGUUCGUUACUCGCGUUACUCUCUUUUGUGAAAUAUUAACUCUUGCAGACAAGAAGACAGCCUGCACCGCAACGCCCCCCCGCUGCAAAGACCACAAGUCACUCAACAAAGUCCGAUUAGCGGCACAGGGGAGGGGCUGCCUAAAUAUUACUGGAUAUUCCUGGUGGGGUCACACCCCAUGGCCCUCUAUGGACCAGCCGCCACUGCUAUGGAAACAAACUUCCCCAUUGUGUUUGGCCUGAUGAUGUGAAUUUAUUUGUAAAAAUAAUAAUGAAAAUAGUGAGAUGAAUGUGUAUAAAAAGUGUAUAUAUGUACAUACAUCUAUAUAUCUAUCUAAAUAUAUAUAUAGUGUGCUUGUUAUUGUUUUUCUUGAUUCACUUUUUAAAUUUACUCAGUAUAGAAUUGUUUGAAUUAAAGACAAAGUAUGUUUUUUACUACUUACUAAGUAUUGUAUAUAUAUAUGUGUGUGUGUGUGUGUGUGUGUGUGUAUUGUGUAUUACUGCUUUCUGUAUGGUUUUUACUGCUUACUAAGUAUUGUAUAUAUAUAUAUGUGUGUGUGUGUGUGUGUGUGUGUAUUGUGUAUUACUGCUUUCUGUAUGGUUUUUACUGCUUACUAAGUAUUGUAUAUAUAUAUAUGUGUGUGUGUGUGUGUGUGUGUGUAUUGUGUAUUACUGCUUUCUGUAUGGUUUUUACUGCUUACUAAG